CGCGCAGGCGCCACGUCGGGCCCCGCCCACCCCGCCGCGCAGGCGCCCUGUAGCGGCCCGCAGAUCACGCAAGCGCGGCUUUCAGGCCAACAUGGCCGUGCUGCUGCUUCUCCGUGCCCUCCGCCGAGGUCCAGGCUCGGGUCCUCGGCGGCUGUGGGGCCCAGGCCCGGCCUGGAGUCCAGGGUUCCCCGCCAGGCCCGGGAGGGGGCGGCCGUACGUAGCCAGCAGGCCUCCGGGGGACCUCGCCGAGGCUGGAGGCCGAGCUCUGCAGAGCUUACAAUUGAGACUGCUAACCCCUACCUUUGAAGGGAUCAACGGAUUGUUGUUGAAACAACAUUUAGUUCAGAAUCCAAUCAGACUCUGGCAACUUUUAGGUGGUACUUUGUAUUUUAACACCUCAAGGAUGAAGCAGAAGAAUAAGGAGAAGGAUAAGUCGAAGCGGAAGGCGCCUGAAGAGGACGAAGAGGAGAGGAGACGCCGUGAGCGGGACGACCAGAUGUACCGAGAGCGGCUGCGCACCUUGCUGGUCAUUGCGGUUGUCAUGAGCCUCCUGAAUGCUCUCAGCACCAGCGGAGGCAGCAUUUCCUGGAACGACUUUGUCCACGAGAUGCUGGCCAAGGGCGAAGUGCAGCGCGUCCAGGUGGUGCCUGAGAGCGACAUGGUGGAAGUCUACCUGCACCCUGGAGCCGUGGUGUUUGGGCGGCCUCGACUAGCCUUGAUGUACCGAAUGCAGGUUGCAAAUAUUGACAAGUUUGAAGAGAAGCUUCGAGCAGCUGAAGAUGAGCUGAAUAUCGAGGCCAAGGACAGGAUCCCGGUUUCCUACAAGCGAACAGGAUUCUUUGGAAAUGCCCUGUACUCCGUGGGGAUGACGGCGGUGGGCCUGGCCAUCCUGUGGUAUGUUUUCCGUCUGGCCGGGAUGACUGGAAGGGAAGGUGGAUUCAGUGCUUUUAAUCAGCUUAAAAUGGCUCGUUUCACGAUUGUGGAUGGGAAGAUGGGGAAAGGAGUCAGCUUCAAAGAUGUGGCAGGAAUGCACGAAGCCAAACUGGAAGUCCGCGAGUUUGUGGAUUAUCUGAAGAGCCCAGAACGCUUCCUCCAGCUUGGCGCCAAGGUCCCAAAAGGCGCACUGCUGCUUGGCCCCCCCGGCUGUGGGAAGACACUGCUAGCCAAGGCGGUGGCCACGGAGGCUCAGGUGCCCUUCCUGGCAAUGGCCGGCCCAGAGUUCGUGGAGGUCAUUGGAGGCCUCGGCGCUGCCCGUGUGCGGAGCCUCUUCAAGGAAGCCCGAGCCCGGGCCCCCUGCAUCGUCUACAUCGAUGAGAUCGACGCAGUGGGCAAGAAGCGCUCCACCACCAUGUCCGGCUUCUCCAACACGGAGGAGGAGCAGACGCUCAACCAGCUUCUGGUAGAAAUGGAUGGUGCGUCUCUUGACCAGGUGCCCUCCCAGGGGACCACGAGGAAGCUCAGAGGAGAGACCCCUGCCUGCUCCUGGCUCACGGAGCCCACAGGGCCACGGAGGGCAAUGUCGUUCGCUCUGCCAGGGUUGCCUUUUGCACUGAAGACAGAGACCACCUUUUUGAGUGACUUGAGCCCAAAGGCAAGCAUAUAUCAAACGAUCUUCUCCACAUAACCUCUCUGUGCUAUCAUAAGAAUAGCUGCUUCCGCCCCCGGAUUUGCUCAGGCCCGGGAAUCCGCUGACUGAAGGCCUCUUGUUGAGUGCCAGCUCUAAACAAGUCCCUUUAUGCAGAGCCACAGCUGUGCGUGCUCAGCCCUGCCGAGGUCCCAGGCCAGGCUUUGUUGCUUCCGUUCAUGGAAGUGCACAGGAUGGGGCUGACGCUGUGCCGGUCGUGGGAAAAUCUCACUGGGGAAGAGAAAAGCCCCAGCCUUGUUGGUUACGUCAGCUGGUCCAUGGCGGUGUCCUUCCCAGAGCCCCCUGGGAAGGGCGCAAGUCAGAGAGCACUGGAGGCACCACCAGCGAUGGAUGUCCAGGUCCCGGCUCCUGUGCUAGAAAGCAUUGAUGGGGAGUGUCAGCACUGACCACACGCGGGAGCUGCGGAUGCCCAGCAGUUCACACAGGCCUCCCUUCAACGUAGUCAUCCCCUGGUGGUGGAAGCCAAGACGACGGCCCCUGACGUGCAGCCACACACGGAAAAGGCUGCUGUGAACAUUUUAUGCUUCGACUUUUUUUUUCUUCAGAGAUAAGGUGUCAUUCUGUCACCCAGGCUGAAGUGCAGUGCCACCAUCAUAGCUCACUGCAGCCUCCACCUCCUAGGCUCAAGCAGCCAUCCUGCCUCAGCUUCCUAAGUAGUUGGGACUCAAGGCUUGAGCCACCAUGCGAGGCUCUGUUUUUUCAGUCUGUGAAAAAUAAAGUCAUCAGCAUGUGAGCUUGGCAGUGCUUGCCGUGGGCUGUUUCAGGUCCAGGCUCCCAGUGUCUGGGCAGUGAAUGAGGUCCUGGGAAGCCGGGGUCCUGGUCCUGGUCCCAGUGUGACCCGGGGACACCCCUAUCUCUGUCCUUAAUGUGGCAGUGAAUGUAUCAAGCACGCUCUGCCCUGGGAGCCGUGGACUGCCUGCCAGGUGGGUAGAUGGGUGCUGGCAGAGGGAGAAGCUGAGGCCCAGCAGGAGCUGGCCGUCUGACUCACAACUCACGCCUGUCAACUGCCCCUGUCCUCCCCUGGGGGUUGUGAGCACUGCUGAGCCCUGGGUGACUCUGGUGUGGCCAGGCUGGAGCGCAGAGAACCGCACUUGGGGUUCAGAGUAUGUUCUCCCACUCAGAAGCAUUGGCUCUGCCAGGAGUGGGAUGGGGGUGCAGCUUUUUUCCCCAUUUUAGACCUCAGGUUGGAAGGUUGCACUCAGGUGAGAGCAGCCGCUUCGGGUUGGGCGUCUUGUGCUGUCCUGGUGCAUUGAGACAUCCCUCAAAGAAAGCACGAGUACCCUCCACGCCCACAUAGCCAGGGCAUCCACUGUCACCCACUCGAUGUGGAAGUCCUGUUGGUAAAAUCUUGACAAGAGCCAUUUAGAGAGCACUAGGGGAAAUUCUCCCAGGUCCAAGCCAGAAUGGACAGUGAGCCUGGGGGAUGGAUGGACAGGAGGAGGCCUGGGCUUCUGGGCUCUCCAGGCAGGGAGGGGCUGGCAGUGUGGCUUAUUCCCACUUGAGUCAGCUCUUGAGCACUUGCUCAUGGCCCAGAGGUGAUGCUGCUGUUCCCGCCCUCUGUCCUCUCAGAGGAAGUGGUGCUGGUUCAAGGGUCUCAGGCUCUGAGCGGGAGAGCGGGGUCAGGUCUAGCUUCUGUCUGUGGCUUGCUCCCUGUGGUGCCGCCUCUGCCUGCUCUGCCAUCCUCCACAUGCACCUCCAACAGGGAAUGGAAGGAGCCUCUGACCCAAAAACAUCCACCAAACUGUCGGGUCCUGCGGCAAGUUGAGGGCCUCUCAGGGGUCCUGUCUGGGGCCCUCUGGAAAGUGAGGCUGUGGCAGCCGGUCCUUUAUCCUGAGUUUGGUUGCUUGUUUUUUUGGACAAUGUCUUAGGUCCCAGGGAUGGUGGACCAGCAGGCAGCCCCGAACACUGAGGAUACUGUGGGAAACCCAGGCAGGAGCUAAGGGGUGGGAGCUCGAGGCCCGAGGGGGCAUUUUCUCAGCGGGUGUCUUGACUGAGUUCUGAGUGUUUUCCAGGGCUCUGAACACAGCCCUGUUUUGGACAUGUGGUUUACGCAUUCUCUCUCCAUGUGUCCCUUGUCCUUUCACCCUCUAACAGGGAACAGCAAAAGCUGCUCAUUUUGAUAAAGUGCAGUUUAUCAAUUUUUGCUUUUAUAGAUCUUGUUUUUACUGUGAAGUCUAAGAAGUGUUUGCCCGCCGGGCAUGGUGGAUCACCUGAGGUCAGAAGUUCAAGACCAGCCUGGCCAAUAUGGAGAAACCCUGUCUCUCCUAAAAAUACAAAAUUAGCCGGGCAUGGUGGCGUGUACCUGUAAUCCCAGCUACUCGGGAGGCUGAGGCAGGAGAAUUGCUUGAACCCGGGAGGCGGAGGUUGCAGUGAGCUGAGAUUGCGCCAUUGCACUCCAGCCUGGGCAAAAAAGAGCGAAACUCCGUCUCAAAAAAACAAACAAAUAAAAGAACUGUUUGCCUAUUCCUAGAUCCUAAAGAUUUUCUCCUGUGGGUUUCUUUUUUCUUUUCUUUGAGACAGAGUUUUGCUCUGUCACCCAGGCUGGAGUGCAGUGGUGUGAUCAUGAAUCACUGCAACCUCAGCCUCUGGGACUCAAGCCAUAGCUCCCACCUCAGCCUCCUGAGUAGCUCAGACCACAGGUGUGUGCACCAACAUGCCUGGCUAAUUAAAAAAGAAUUUUUUUUGUGGAGUUGGGAUCUCACCUUGUUGCCUAGCCUGCUCUUGAACUCCUGGGCUCAAAUGAUCUUUUCACCUCAGCUCCUCAAAGUGUGGGGAAUACAGGUGUGAGCCCCCAUGCCUGGCCUCUUAUGGGUUUCUUAUAGAAGUUUUAGAUUUAAUCCAUGAUCUUUAAGUUAACGUCUACAUGAAGUGGGAGGUUUGGUCAGGUUCAUUUUCUGCCUGUGGAAAAGUGCUCCAGCCCCACUGGUGUGAAAUGCUGUCUUCUCUCCAAGUUGUGCUUGCACCUUUGCCGGAGCUCCGGUGGAUGUGGGGGUCUGUGCUGACUCUGUGAGUCUGUCCUUCCGCACACAACUGGUCUCUCGCUUACGUGAGAUGAGAGCAGGUGGAGUGGUUCCUCCCACUUUGUUCUUUACCAGAAUUGUUUCAUCUCUUCCUUUGCCUUUUCCUAUAAUUUUUAGAAUAAGCUUGUUCCUAUCUACGAAAGUAUCUUGCUGAGAUUUUAAUAGGAACACACACCUCAUAGGAGAGCUAGAGUAAAGAGCAGUGACUGGCCCGGAUCUGGGCCAUACCUGUGAUCCCAGCACUUUGCGGGUCUGAGUUGGAAGCAUUACUUUAGCCCGGGAGUUUGAUACCAGCCUGAGCAACAUAGUGAGAUUCUGUCUCUAAAAAAAAUGUGAAAAUUAGCUGGCAGUGGUGGUGCACACCUGCAGUCUUAGCUGCUCAGAAGACUGAGGUGGGAGGAUCACUUGAGCCUGGCAGUUCGAGGCUACAGGGAGCCGUGGUCACCCCACUGCACUCCAGCCUGGGCGACAGGGCGAGACCCCAUCUCAAAAACAAAACUCAAAAAACAGUGACAACACCACACGCUGCUGAGGAUGCAAAGAAACCAGAUCCCUUGUACGCUGCUGAAGGGGGUGUGACGUGGUGCAGCCUCACUGGGAAACAGUUUGGCAGUUUCUUAAAAAACUAAACGUGUGCUCACCACAUGACCCCGCGUCCACCCUCCUGGGUGCCCAUCCCAGGAAAGCAAAGACUUAGGCUCACAUGAAAUGCCUGGGCGCCGACGCUCAUUUACCUGUAAGAGCUAAAAACUGGAAGCAACGCAGGUGUCAUUCAGAGGCUGAGAGCUGAAACUGGUGUAUCCUUAUCAUGGUGUUCUAUGCAGCGAUAGAAAGCUGAAACUGGUGUAUCCUUAUCAUGGUGUUCUACGCAGAAAUAGAAGAGCUGAAACUGGUGUAUCCUUAUCAUGGUGUUCUACGCAGCGAUAGAAAGCUGAAACUGGUGUAUCCUUAUCAUGGUGUUCUACGCAGCGAUAGAAAGCUGAAACUGGUGUAUCCUUAUCAUGGUGUUCUACGCAGCAGUAGAAGGAAACUUUCUUCCCGCAGCAACAAGGAAAUGACGCCGAGUGAGAAGAGCCAGGCUUAGUAUCAUAUGACUCCACUUGUAUGAAAUUGUCAAAAUAACAAAAUUCUAGGGAUGGAGAACAGGUUACUGGUUGUCAGCAGUUAGGGGAGGUCUGCAGGGAGGAGGGAUGCCUCUGGGGCGGGCGGUUCUGUGUCUUGAUGGGAGAUGUUGGUUACGUGAACGUGUGUGUGACACAGGUGUCCAUCUGUGGAGCACACACAGGUGAGAGCACAUAGGAGUGGGGGUGUCUGAGCGGGGGCCUGGCGUUUCCGCGUCAGUCUCCUGGCUUUGCCUUUGUUUUGCAGCUACUGAACACGCAGCUGCGGGGGACCAGGGCCAAAGGGUGUUUUUGCAAUUUCUUGUGUAUCUGUUACUCUCAGAAUACAAAACUUAAAAAGUCAAACCAGGGAUCCAAUCCCAGGAAGUCCGUAUCCUGAAACCACAUGUCCCUGACACAUAGCGGCCCGGUGGGGAGCACGUGCCCCGCAGGGUGGCUGGGCUCUGCUGAAGGCCGAGCUGUGCUUGAACCCGGCGCCGCCCCCCUCUAGGAGCUCACACUGCACCUGUUUGGCCUGGCUGCUGUUUUUCCUUGAGACCAAUGUUCCUAUUACUUUUCCCAUUUUUUUCACUGUUUAUACAAUCUUUCAGAAUUCUGUAUCCACAGCCCUAGCCUCUGCAAGGAAGGCGCUCCACGACACUGAGCAGUAAGCCUUGGCAGGCCUUCCAGACAGCUCUGGAGGGGCCAGCUCGGGUCCCAGUCCCCACCCUCCCCAGCCUCUUGUUCCCUGUGUCAUAGUGAGACAAGGCACCUGUGCUUCUGCUGCCUGUUUUUGUUUGUGAGUUUAUUUGAAAAGUCACCAUCAUUUUAAGGCACUGCCUUUGCCUUGGCGAGGUGGCUCUCUUGUGACCUCCCUUCUAGAAAUGUGACGAGGACUCAGCAUCCUUAUCACAUUCUGACAUGUGGAACCAGGGAGAAUGGUUGUGUCUUUCAAAGUUCGUUUGAAAUUCGGGAGCGAUUUGCUUGGGAGUGGGGUGUGGCUUGGACUGAGCUGCUGUGCAGACCUGGCGGCUGCGGCUUAGGCUCAGGACAGUGGCCCUGGAGAAGCUGGUCAGGCCCCUCCCCUCAGCCCCCUCAGAGCGUUCAAGGUCCUGUCCUAAGAACAUGGGGUUGCAGGAGACAGGGUCUCGCUCCAUUGCACAGGCUGGAGUGUAGGGUCAUGAUCAUAGCUCACUGCAGCCUUCACCUCCUGGGCUCACAUGGUCCUCUCACCUCGGCCUCCCAACGUGCUGGGAUUAUUAAGGGUUUCUUGAAUUAGUCAUGGUAGAUCUGCUCUUACAUUAGUUGCGGUAGGUCCUGUUCUUUAGUCAUGGUAGAUCCUGUUCUUUUUUUUGAGACGGAGUCUUGCUCUGUCGCCCAGGCUGGAGUGCAGUGGCAUGGCUCACUGCGACCUCUGCCUCCUGGGUUCAAGUGAUUCUACUGCCUCAGCCUCUCUAGUAGCUGGGACUACAGGCGCAUGCCACCACGCUCAGCUAAUUUUUUGUAUUUUUAGUAGAGAUGGGGUUUCACUGUGUUAGCCGGGAUGGUCUUGUUCUCCUGACCUCGUGAUCCGCCCGCCUCGGCCUCCCAAAGUGCUGGGAUUACAGGCGUGAGCCACCGCGCCCGGCUAGAUCCUGUUCUUACAUUAGUCAUGGUGGGUCCUGUUCUUACAUUAGUCAAGGUAGGUCUUGUCACAUCUUUGCUUUUAACACUGUUUAUUGUGGACCUUUUCCUUUUUUUUUUUUUUUUUUUUUUUUGAGAGUCUCACUCUGUCGCCCAGGCUGGAGUACAGUGACACAAUCUCGGUUCACUGUAACCUCCGCCUCCUGGUUCAAGCGAUUCUCCUGCCUCAGUCUACCGAGUAGCUGGGACUACAGGCACGCACCACACCCAGCUAAUUUUUGUAUUUUAGUAGAGACGAGGUUUCACCCUUUUGGCCAGGAUGGCCUAGGACUCCUGACCUUAGGUGAUCCACCUGCCUCAGCUUCCCAAAGUGCUGGGAUUACAGGCGUGAGCCACCGCGCCUGGCCACCAGUGGAUUCUUUUUUUUUUUUUUUCCAGACGGAGUCUUGCCCUGUAGCCCAGGCUGGAGUGCAGUGGUGUCAUCUUGGCUCACUGCAACCUCUGCCUCCCAGGUUCAAACAAUUCUCCUGCCUCAGCCUCCUGAGUAGCUGGGAUUACAGGUGCACGCCACCGCACCUGGCUAAUUUUUCGUAUCUUUUGUGGGAUUUCACCAUUUUGGCCAGUCUGGUCUUGGACUCCUGGCCUCGUGAUCUGCCUGCCUCAGCCUCCCAAAGUUCUGGGACUACAGGCGUGAGCCACUGCACCCAGUGGACUGGAUUCUUUUAAAGCAAACCCAUAGUUUUGAAUCUUAUAUGUUCUGAGUACAUUUCUUUAAAUUCAGAGAAAUAUCACAGCAUCAUAACACCUGAAUGUUCUUACAAGCAUCUAGUCAGGUGUUCCCAGCAGCUUCAUAAAUCUCGUUUCGCAGUUGAUUUAUUCACAUCAAGGGCCAGUCAAGGUUCACAUACACCAGGGAUCAGUGAUCGAUCGUUUCUGGACUCACUUUUAAAUUCUCUGAUGACAAACCUCAAGCCUGAAACCCAGGGCCUAAGGCCAGGCAUUGAAGAUAAAAUGUUUCCAAGUCACAGCCUAAAGCGAGGUGUUAGCUAAAAUGUUACAAAGUCACAAUAAUAAUGACAGGGUGGUGGGGGCGGGGUGGCUGUUAGGACCGACUCCCAGAUGGCACCGUGGGACAGGGAGACACUCCAGGAUGCUGUGGGAGCUCCAGGAGGGCCUUGGACAGUUCUGCCUCAGUAGCCAGCCCUAGGGACGGCGUUGCUGUUUUCACUUGUCAAAAUAGGCAAAUUCCUGUUCCUCCUGGUGAUGUUGGCUGGGAGCGAUGGGGAUCACGGCUCCUAGUUCAGAAGGACCGGGCUGUUCCUUUCUCUCUGGGCCUUGGGGGGGGGGGUCUCUCUCCCUCCUGUAUGCUGAAGGGGAACCUGCAGGGGAAAUCUGUUGUGUGAGGACCCCCACCCUCGGGGCCACUGUCUGCUCUG